CGUCGCAAGCCUUCCUGCCUGCGCCAGUCGCAGCCUUGUUGACUGCUCGUUGCACGCCCGCCACCAUUCAAAAGAACACUUCCAUCCAAUUCUUCAUAACACACAUUCUCUCUUCGGUUUCACGACCUCUGCACUCCUUCAUCUCCCACGCAAGAUGGCGACCAUUCCAAUUGUCAUCAAACACCAGGGCAAAAAGUACAAUGUCGAUCUCGACACAGCCUCCAACGGUGAAAUGCUCAAGUUGCAACUCUUUUCUCUGACUGGUGUCGAGCCCCAACGACAAUCAAUUUUAAUAAAAGGUGGAAAACUAAAAGAUGACACUGAUCUGUCAAAACUCAAUGCCAAACCUGGUCAGAUCUUUACUAUGCUGGGGACGGCUUCCUCUGAGGGAAGCUCACUGGCUGCGCCGGUUGAGAAGCCUCGAUUCCUCGAAGACAUGACCGAAGCCGAGGCAGCUGCUCAGGAAGGUGCUACACCUGCUGGUCUUGAGAAUCUGGGCAAUACCUGUUAUCUCAAUUCCACCCUACAAGUUCUACGAAGCAUACCAGAAAUGCAAGACGAGUUAAAAGCAUACAAUCCCGACCACAGUGACGUUCGCAGUAACAGUGACGAAAUGAGCAGGCUUGGUCUCGGCGCUACGGGUGCGUCGAACGACCUGACGGGACAGCUGCGGGAUCUCUACAGCCGUAUGUCGAACACUCAAAGAAGUCUUGCUCCUCUGAUGUUCUGGAACGCUCUACGAGUGAUAUAUCCUCAAUUUGCCCAAAGAGCAAAGAAUGGAGCCGGUUUUGCACAGCAGGAUGCUGAAGAAGCCUGGUCUCAAAUCAUUCAUCAACUGCGACAGAAUCUGAAAAUCACAGAGAAGAGCUCUUCCGAAGAAAACAAGGCCAAGAAAGAAGUUGUUUUCAUCGAUCGUUAUAUGGCCGGCGCUUUCCACUCAUCGCUCGCCCCACCGACAGAAGCUGCGGAGAAUGAACCUGUUGUCGAGGCCGACGAUGUGUUUUUGAAGCUUGAUUGCCACAUCGAUCAAUCUAUCAAUCACCUUCGCGAUGGUCUAUUGGCCGGCCUGACUGAAGAGAUCGAGAAGAACUCCCCGACGCUUGAUCGCAAUGCCAUCUACACCAAGACUUCCAGAGUAUCACGAUUACCUAAAUACCUAACCGUCCAUUUUGUGCGCUUCUUCUGGAAGAAGGACGUCCAAAAGAAAGCUAAGAUUUUGAAAAAGGUGACUUUUCCAGAGGAAAUGGACGCCGUGGAAUUCUGCACAGAUGACCUGAGGAAACGAUUGAUCCCUGUUCGCGACAAAGUCCGUGACAUUCGGAAGGAUGAACAGGAUGUGGAGAGGGCCCGCAAGCGACAAAAGCUUCGGCAUAAGCAAGAAGAAGAUCGCAAGCACGAUGAAGCUCUGAAAGAGAAAGAAGCAGCUCCCAUCGCCAAACUUCGAGAACAGAAAGACAAGAAGGACUCGAAAGAGAAGGAGCCGGAAGGAGGUGAUAUGGACGUUUACAAGACCGACGCCGAAUAUGAAGCCGAGCGAGCCGCAUCCAUCAAGCAGGCAAAGAAAGAGCUUUACGCCUUGAUCAACCAACAACUUGCAGAUGAUGCCGGUGCCAACAAGUCUGGCUUGUACGAGUUGAGGGGUGUCAUCACCCAUCAAGGCGCAAGCGCUGAUAGUGGACACUACACCAGCUACGUCAAGAAGGCUGGUAAGCUUGUUGAUGAUGCCCAGGCACCUGGCGGCAAGCGCAUGGAAGAGGAUGGAAAAUGGUGGUGGUUCAAUGAUGACAAAGUCAGCGAAGUUGAUACUGAACGGAUCAUGGCCCUUUCCGGUGGUGGCGAAAGUGCAUCUGCCCUUAUUCUAUUGUACAAAGCCAUUGACUUACCAACCAGAGAUGAACUUGAGCAAUGAUAUGUUGUAGAAUCGCAUGAGGCCCCGAGUUCACGCGAGCUGGCCUGCGAUUUGCAUGACACAGCGAUCAGCAUUAUGACAGACAGAAGUUGAGAUAAAAUCAAAUCUAUCAAAUACGAAAUCCUGAUCCUGUAGGAACUUGGAUACAGCACCAUAAUUCGCCAUUAACACACCGUGACCAUAGAAGGCUCACGUAAUGACUCUGGUGCAUCGAACGCUGAAUGGCAGUAAGUAGUCUGUUGGUGGGAGAGGACUCCAUAU